CAAAUACACACACACAGGGCCCAAACACCCGCAGGCAUAUCUUCUCCAACAUGCAGAUAACAGAAAGAGCAAGAAGCUCUGAAUGAGCGAAACACAGAGACACACACAAAUGCAGAGAAGAGUGUGAUAUACAAAACAAAACAAAGAAAACACAACCCCAAAAUGGCGUCUUUAUCGGUCACUCUCAAUCUCUUAAGGCCUUGUUCCAUUGCUCCUAAGCCAUCUCCGUCUUUGAGAUUCUGUGAUGUCCGAAACUCUGCUUCUUCCUAUUGUUCUACUUCUCGAAGACUCGCUCUCUUUCACCUUGGCUCUGCUCUUCCUCAGUCACAAAUAUUAGGUGCAAAAGCAUCUCAAUUGCUGAGAGGAGAGGGGAAACCUAUAGAUGCUGCCCCAAUUGCUGAUUUGGCACAAGCAGGUGCUGCAAUUGCUCAGGAAGAUGCAUUGGAAUGGGUAAAAAAUGAUAAACGAAGAAUGCUUCAUGUCGUCUAUCGUGUUGGGGACUUGGACAAGACUAUAAAAUUCUACACUGAGUGUUUGGGGAUGAAGCUGUUGAGAAAACGUGACAUACCCGAGGAGCAAUAUUCGAAUGCUUUUCUUGGAUAUGGGCCAGAAGAUUCCAACUUUACUGUUGAACUUACAUAUAAUUAUGGAGUGGACAAGUAUGACAUUGGGACUGGUUUUGGCCACUUUGGUAUUGCAGUUGAAGAUGUUGCCAAAACAGUGGAACUUAUAAAGGCAAAGGGAGGGAAAGUUACCAGGGAACCUGGUCCUGCCAAUGGUGGCAGUACAAUAAUUGCUCUUAUUGAGGAUCCUGAUGGUUAUCCGUUUGAGCUUUUAGAGAAAUGGCCUACACCAGAGCCCUUUUCACAAGUGAUGCUUCGUGUAGGUGAUCUUGACCGUGCUAUUAACUUUUAUACGAAGGCUUUUGGAAUGGAACUUCUCCGCACAAGAGAUAAUCCCGAAUACAAGUAUACAGUAGCCAUGUUGGGAUAUGGUACUGAAGAUAAUAGUCCAGUGCUUGAACUGACAUAUAACUAUGGGAUCACUGAUUAUGAUAAAGGAAAUGGUUAUGCUCAGAUUGCAAUAGGCACAGACGAUGUUUAUAAAAGUGCAGAGGCAGUUAGACUCUCUGGAGGGAAGAUUAUUCUUGAACCUGGUCCCUUGCCAGGUAUCAACACCAAGAUAACUGCUUGCUUAGACCCCGAUGGCUGGAAAUCGGUUUUUGUUGAUAAUAUUGAUUUUCUGAAGGAAUUAGAAUGAGUAACAGCAUCAUUACCACGCCUCUAAAUGAGACAGUUGAAGAUUUUUGACAAUUUUGACUGUAGAUUAUUCCAAUCUGCCAAUUAUAGAAAUCUUGAAGCAGCUCAUGAGAGAACAUACACCAUCCCAAUUUGCAGAUCCAUCACUUUGUACAAGCUUAACAGUUUUGAGUGCUACCCUUGCUACCCAUAUGUAUAUCUCUAGGAUUUUGAGAUGGUGGGUGCACAUUGAUUGCUAUGAAAAAGUUAAAACAAUUUAGUUUUA